CGGCGAUUCGCUACUUUAGAUGAGUCAACUUUCACAUCUGUGCAUUUACAAGGGAAAUACUAUUUUAACCGUUAGUAAUAAACGGCCUCGUGCAAAAAUUAACGCGACAUAAUGUGACCAGUUAAGCAGGAAUACAAAAGGAGGAAUGUGGUGAAUGCAUCAAGCCAGGGUUUGCCCAAAGAUGGACAAAAGAAUGUGAUAUAUACAGGAAAUUAUCGUGAAAUUACAUACUGAACGAAGAUUUUAAAUGGUAAAGAAAAGGUACCUGUAAAACAUUGGCGAUAUUAUGUGUCCAGUUAAAGCCUUAGAGUUAAUUGUUUUUGCUACCAUUAAUGACGCAUAAUGUUGACAGCAUGUGGGAAAUUAAUUAGUGAAUAUAAAGUGGUCAAGCUUGUGAAUUCAGACAUAAGGAGAGAGAAGUGUGUAGCAUGUCAGUUAUAUUGGAUAUUAAUGGAGAGCAAUGUAUUAUAAGAUCAAUAUUAAGACAGAUCAACCCUAAAAUGGAAAAACUUCACAGACUUGGUUCCUUUGAAAGUUGAGACCUGAUUGCCAUGGCAACAAAAUUUGGUGUUCAGCUGAAGUCGAAGGGUGGGGCAGAUGAUCCCCCUGGGGGAGGGAAAGAGGGGCCUCAGGGGAGCGUCACUGCCAGUGGGGCUCAUCGGUCAGACUUCAAAACCAAACCAGUUUCCGAUCUGAAAUCCAUGUUUGACAAGAAAGAUCAGGAAGCAAAGGAGAGUAUCGCAGUUUUGACAAGAAACAGUAGUAUUAGCAGCGAGAAUGAGGUAUCGAAAACAGUGAAAACUGAUUUUGUUGGUGUCUCAGGAAAUUCUAAAAUUCAACUGGAAUCGAAAACGGUGAAAACUGAUACUGUUGGUGUGUCAGGAAAUUCUAAAAUUCAGGUGUCUUCAACGUCAAAAUCUAGUUCUGUGUCGGGGAAUAAGUUGACGGCUGAUGAUAAAAGUGCCUUUGAAGCAUUGAGAGGUAAGCUGAACAAGACGGACAUUCAGUCGUUGCUUGAUAUUAAGGAGCCCGUGGUGGGUGUUGCGAAAAGUAAAACUUUUGGGACAUCAGGUGGAACAUUUCAGGCAACAAUAGAAAAAAACAAAGUUCAGACGACCCAAGAUGAAGAUUCUAAAGUACCUGUCACAAAGGCAGAUGCAGCGUCUGUGUUAUCAUUUGGACUAACAAAAUUACGAACCCGUCCUAUACAAGAACCGUUGGCUGACAAAUUAUCAACAAAAACAGAGUCAUCGAAGCAAAGUACUCCUGCAGUGAAAGAGUUGGGAAAAGAAAAGAUCAUACUGGGGGUAGCCAAAGGCUGGAAAGGGACUGAUGAUGCUGUAAGUAAGGAUCUAAGUAGUAAAAGUGGCGGGAAAAGUGGCGUGUUCAGUGCAAGUGCUGUUGGUAAGGUCCGAACUGAGGUUAAAGAAGAGAAGGAGCCAAAAGUGAAGGGAUUUAGAUCUGUAAGCCCUGUUAAUUUUAAAAGUGGCUCGAGUGAUGAAUCUGUGGUGUCCUGCAAUUUAAGUCCAAGAGGUUACAAACCACCAACAUUUGAUUUUAAUACUCAGAAGUCUGAUGAGACUGCAGACGUUAAAACAGACAUAAACAAGAACUUUAAGAAAUUAGAUUAUGCUAAUACUGAUGGUCUUUCAAAGGAGAUAAAGACAUCUACUCCAAUACGUGACCAUAAAAGCUUAGAAAGGGAAAAUUCAUCAGGAUCAUUGGGUUCCAAACUGGAAAGAACAGAUUCUAAACCAAAACUUUCCGCAGUCGAACAGUUAGCAAUGGAUAAGGAAAGGCUUAAAAAUAAUAGAACUUCUGGUUCCUUCAGUAGCGAUCAAGAAAAGGGCAAAAGGUCACCAAAGAAUAAGAAAGAAGAAUUUAAAUGGCUGGAGAAAGGAAGAAUUUCUUUAGAAGAGUUUAAGGAACAGAAAAAAUCAACAUCUCCGAUACAAAGACCUCUCAGUCGUGCUUCAAGUUCAGGAUCUAGCAGUUCAUUGUCGAGAUCUGACGCAGUCUCAGUACAAGCACAAAGCAAUCGUGUAAGUUCGCCAGAACCCAGCAAACAAGGUCAAAGUCAUCUGAGUCCCUUCAUGGAAGGUGAAGUGCAAUUACGAAGUAAAAAAGGUGAAUUUGCGGUCUCCACAAGGUCUAAAAUCAGUGUUGAAAAGUUCACUGAAAUUAAGAAAGGAUUUGAAUCAAAGCAAGUUGAAUCUCAAACUGUGUUGAAAGAGGUUACAAGGCCAAAGCUUGAGGUCAAAAUGGGUAAGAAACUGCUGGAGAGGAAGCAAUCCUUUGAAGGUGGUGAGAUCUUUCGAAGCAGGUCCAUAGAGAGACAAGAAGUGGUGUCACCGCGCGACCGUGGUAAUGUACUGGGAACCGUGAAAGCACUUGUUGAGCUGGAUGCAAAGGCAAAGGCUCAGCCCGAGAUUAUGAGGCGAACAAAGUCCUUGCCCUCUGAUAGUCUGGAGGAUGACAACUCGUCUUCGAUGGAUUAUGACGAUGUGGCAAAUGGGCCAUUUAGCCCAUUAUACCAGGUCGUUCAGGAAGUGGAUGAUGUUUCAAAUGAAGGCGACAUCAGCAGUGAUGCAGAUCUGAUCUAUGAGGAAAUUCCAGCACAUGAUCCAUCAGCGAUGCUGUCAAGAGGCGAUCCUGAAAAUAAAGCCAAGUUCAAGGACAGACGGUCAAUGGCUUUCAAGAAAAGACAAAAACAAGUUGAGGAGACACCUCCAUCCACAGAAAUUCAGGCAGGGAAUGAUGGUGACAUUGACAGCGACUCCGACAGUAUCUACGAGCCCAUAGACGACGAGUGUGACAAAGUAAGUGAGUCUGACAGUCUAGAACUGCCCCCUGAGGUGCCAAGUCUACCACCAUCCAGAAACGAGUCUACAGGAAAUAAGAAAAAGAAAAAGGAACCCAAAGGUGAAAAAGAGGACAAAGUAAAGAAAGGAUUUAGAGGAAAGUUAAAACAGUUUUACAAAGGAAGGAGCAAGGAAUCUGACCCAACAUUAGUGACUUCUAGUAGUCUGUCAAAUGGAAGUAAUGGUGUUCUGAGUAAAUUAAAAAAAUUGAACAAAUCAAAGGCCUCUAAUUCUGCGCCAAAUUUAGAAGAACUCGCGAAGUCUUCUUAUUCUGCGCCAAAUUUAGAAGAAUUCUUUGAAAAUAAUCCUGUGUGUGAUAGUGAAGGCACAGACACAGAAGGAGACGUUGGGGAGGAGAUGUCCAAACGAAUGACAAAGUCGGAGGAUGAGGGUGGGACGGAGGGUUCAACUCUUGCCCCACCCCCACUCCCCCCUCGACGCCCCUCAAGCAGCAUAGAUCUGAAAGGAGACAAUGAGUAUGAAGCACCCAAACGACACUCGCAGGAAAUAAAUAGCGGCCACAGUUCAUCAAGCCUGGACAACAAGGGAGGGCGGACGUCACCCUUGCCCCUCCCGCCCAGAAAUAGAAUAUCAAACAAGCUGGACUUGAAUGUGGUGGUGCCUGUGAAACCCGGGGGAGAUGCGAGGAAAAGCCAAUGGGCUCCCAACAAGGACAGCUACCUGCAGACCCAGAAGCUGAGCCACCCGGACAUCCCCUUUAUAGACGAGAGCCCCGUCAAGUCUCCGCCCUCAGACCCGGACGCCCCGCCCCUUCCUGUCCGGCCGCAACCUGUCACCAAGAGGCACGGAACGUCCACCGCGUCCACAAGCAGCUAUGUUGAUGCAGACAACUUGAGAAAAUUAAAGGACAGUUAUGUGGAUGUGGGAGAAGCACCAUUGCCAGAGGAUGAAUACUCACUUGCUGAGGAAAUCAGACCAUUAGCAGGAAGAAAAGAGCUAGAGAAGAGGCCGAUAUCUUCUGCCUACAUCAAGCCCACUGACCUUUCCACCGUACCCGAGCCCCGUAGCAUUGACAACCGUGCAGGGACCCCGCCCGUCUCAGAGAUGAUGACUUACAUAAAGAUGCAGGAUGGCAUGUAUCUUGAUCUGAGUGAGGACCAGGUGUAUGGUACAGCGGGGCGGUACAAGUCAAAUCUCGAGUCAGAGUCCCUGUACCAGUUCUACAACAAGGAGAAGAUCACCCGCGCCAGUCGACGCAAUGCAAUAUACUCUGACUACAUUGAGUCUGACGAGGAGGAUGACUACAGUAGCGGAGCAGAGACGAGAGACUCCAUCUACGAGGACCUGUCAGAGUACAGCAGCUCCGGGCGUGGCUCUAUGGAGCUGGAGAAACCCACCCCGGGGGCGGCCCCAUCCCCUGGCCAGCAGCAAGACAAGAUCUCCACCCUGGAUAUGUUUGGCAAGAAGGGGACCGUGCUUAGGACACUCUGGGCGGAGAUGCCGGAGGUGAAGGCGAGCGGGGUGCUGGAAAAGAUAGCUCCCCAGGAGCGCAAGCUUCAGGAGCACAUGUUUGAGAUCCUCACCUCCGAGGCCACGUACCUGAAGAGCAUGAACAUCCUAAUAGACGUCUUCCUCAAGUCCCAGGAAUUCGGUGUGGACAGCGCCCUCACCAACAAGUGUGUGCUCACCAAGCAGGAGAGGCACUAUAUAUUCUCCAAUAUAGGUGCUAUAAGGGAUGCCAGUGAAAGGUUUCUGGCCAGCCUUGAGGCGCGGUGGAAGCAGAAUGUGGUGCUAUCAGACAUCUGUGAUAUAAUUGCGGAGCACGCCUCCAAGCACUUUGAUUGCUAUAUACACUACUGCAGCAACCAAGUGUUCCAGGAUCGCACCGUGACAGAACUCAGGAAGAAGCCGGAGUUUCAGGCGGCGAUGCGCAGGCUAGAGAGCAGCGCUGAGUGCCAGGGUCUGCCCAUGAUCUCAUUCCUGCUGCUUCCUAUGCAGAGGAUCACCCGUUUGCCACUCCUGGUUGACGCCAUCUGUCACCGAAUGGACCCCGACAAGGACAAGGCGCGACACAAGUCUGCCAGCAACGCCUUCACCGCCAUUAGCAAGGUGGUGAAGCGCUGCAAUGAUGGAGCCAAGAAGAUGCAGCAGACAGAGCAGAUGUACCACAUCUCCAUGAAGAUUGAGUUUCCAUCCAACAAGGACAUACCCCAGAUACCGCUGAUCUCUGCCUCGCGUUACCUGGUGAAGCAAGGGGAGAUAACGAAGAUCCUCAACAAGGCAGCCAGUGGUCUCCCUUUUGGAAAGGCCAAGCCUGCCAAGCAGAAUGUGAACAUCUUCCUCUUCAACGACAUCAUACUGCUCACCAAGAAGAAAGGGGAAAAGUUUGUGGUAACAGACUACGGUCAACGUAACACUACCCACAUAGAGGAGAUUGAGACCCCCGAGAAGUAUGCUAAAAACCUUCCCCUUGGCGUUCCAAGUGGAUGUAAAAACCUCUUCCUGCUAGUCAUCCUGGAGAAUCAUGAGAAGAAACAGUCAGAGGCAGUGUUCGCAUGUAACACCACGAGUGACCGAGCCAGAUGGCUGGACGCAGUGCCCAAUGUGAAGGUCACCGAUGACCAGAGAAUCUAUGAGGAAUGGGACUGCCCACAGGUCCAGUGCAUCAAGAAGUACAUUGCUCAGGUACCAGACGAACUUGGGCUGGAAGAGUCUGAUGUGGUGACCGUGUUCAAGAAACUUGAGGACGGAUGGUACGAGGGUGAAAGGUUACGUGACGGUGAGCGUGGCUGGUUCCCCAAGGACUGCACCAUCGAGAUUGAGAACGCUCACGUGCGUGCACGUAACAUGCGCAUGAAAUAUCGACUUCUGUCUAGAAUGGACUCAACUUGAGGCCAGCUGAAGAUAUCAAGAGGGAAAGCAAUAUCUGUCUUAGAUUGUGACCUUGAAUCAACUAACUAAUUAAUUAAAACAAUGCAAAAAAAAAAUGUUUGCAAGCCCAAACUUGAAAUUGAAAGUUUUUGCAUGGGAUCAUAAAGACCUCAUUAGGCCAGCUGCAGAUGUCAGAGAGAGAGCUAUGGGUGUCUGAGAUGGAAUCAAUUUGCUGUGUGGUUCAAUGAUUUAAAAGAACUGUUUGAUAAAGCAAGCUUAAAUUCUAAUGUUUUUGAAUGGGAUCAUAAAUAUGUUAAGGUAAGAUAAAGCUGAGAAACGGAGCAAGUGUUUUGGAGAUUCGAGUUUGGUGCUGUUUUUUCCAGUUUGGGGUUGACAAUGAACCUGUACGGGAUUUACCAGAUUGGGGUUGACAAUGUACCCGUACGGGAUUUACCAGUUUGGGGUUGACUAUGUACCUGUACGGGAUCUAUCAGUUUGGGGUUGACAAUGUACACAUGGGAUUUAUUAGUUUGGGGUUGACUUAAUAAUGUACCCAUACAGGAUUUAUCAGUUUGGGGUUGACUAUGUACCCGUAUGGGAUUUAUCAGUUUGGGGUUGACUAUGUACCCGUACAGGAUAUAACAGUGCAGGGCUUGCAUUCCUGUGAUUGAUUUGUGGUGACUGCUAGGUUAUGAUGACUGGUUGUAAGCAGUGGUGCUGAUGGUGGUUGGUUGCUGCUGAUUAUGGGAACUAUAGCAACGUAUCUUAAUCACCCAUUUGUCCACACCAUGCUUAUUUCAGAGCCAGUGUGUGCUGCCUGGCAAAUCAUCCGAAAAAAACAACAGGCCUUAAUUUCAUAUCAAGAAAAUUGGGAGCGGUGUUAACAUAUUGACUCAGUUAUUUGUUGACAGUUAUUUUUGUAAGCUGUUUUGCUAUUUGUUGAACUUCAUAAUUGUGUCAAAACCAUUUAGGAAUUUAUUAUAUUGGUAUUUUUAUUACCUGAAUAUGGAUGUUACUGUUGUACUCAUUUGAAUUCGAUAACGAGUAGUGCUAUUUUAGACAAUGCAUGCCAGCUGAUUGUUGUUGAACAAGUGUGUGAGUCUCUUUCUGGGGAGACCAAAUUUUCCCAUUCAGAAGCAAAGUGAAAAUGGUAUUGUGCAAACAGCAUAAAACCAGAACAGCCUGCGAGUAACUCGCAGUCUGUUCAGGUUUUAUGCUGUUUGCUGCUUAUUGGUAUCUAAGGGUCAGAAAUGAAGCCUUCAAAACUUGAAUCGAGUAAGUUUGGUCUUUAAGUAAAUAAAUUUAACGUUCUAAGGGACUACAAAUGUACCAAAAUACGUAUCUAAGUGGUAAAGGGUUAAGUGUCAUCCAAGACGAGUGCGUGCAGUCACAGUUCUCCCAGAGAUAGGCUCGAGUAGUUAUGUGCUGUGUUGCUUUUGAAAUAUUACAAAUCUGCCUCUCAUGAUAAACCUCAAAUCUAUUAAAAUCUGAGAUUAUAGGCUUGUGCUAUUUAUUCUUAUUAGACUGUCUUCUUUUCAAUUUGCAUUCAUAAACGGUUAAUUGUUCUUAAUGUGCUUUUCAAUGGUAAAUAUAAAUGUAUAUAGAA